AUGUCGGACGAGAACAGCUCUCGAAGUCCGACCUCGCCGGUCACAACGACGAGCAACAUCAGCAGAAAGCAGACCGUGUCCUCGCCAGGAACAACAGCUUCGCCAGUGUCCUCGGGCCAUUUCAAGCGCCCCAUGGCGGUAGAUGAGAAUUCCCAGAUGCGGCGACGGCCGCCGUUUGGCCACAUACCCGCAGAGACUUCUUUCGCAGAGAAGGGCCUAGGGAGGAGACGGAGCUCAACUUUGUCGGACUAUAGCUUCACCGAAGCCAGGGACUUUUUGAACCCGAGACUCGGCGAGAUGACAUCGCCAACGUCGGCCGACGACCUGUCAAAGUGGGCUUCGAUUCCUCUCGCCUUCGCCCUUCUCCCUGCCGUCGGCGGCCUGCUCUUUCAAAAUGGUAGCGCCGUCGUGACGGACGUCAUGCUACUAGGCCUUUCGGCCGUGUUCCUGCACUGGUCUGUGACACAUCCAUGGAACUGGUAUCAUUCGGCGCAAGCAGUGCGCGUUCGCGCCGAGGUCAGCACAAGCGCCGUGAUUGAUGAUGACAGUGAGACGGAACAGGCCGUCGGUAGCCCCUCCUCAGCGACCUCGACGGCUAACGGUCACACGGCGAACGGAAGUAUCGACGACACGCCCGAGAUGCCCACGACGCCCACGUCCUUCGUGCAGGAUCAAGUGCCCAAGACGACGGCCCGGUCCAGGAAGGAAGAUGCAAUGGCCGAGCUCUGGUUGCAUGAGAUUCUGGCCUUGAUAUCGUGCUUCAUGUUCCCGAUGCUGGGGGCGUACCUGCUGCAUGCCAUCCGCGCGCAGCUGAGCCGGCCCUCUGAGGGUCUCGUAUCCAACUACAACCUGACCAUCUUCCUGCUGGCCGCAGAGGUUCGCCCGCUGUCGCACCUGAUGAAGCUGGUCCAAUGCCGGACCAUUCAGCUGCAGCGAGACGUCCACGUGAACCCGUACAAGGACGACGGCGUCACGUCGGACCAGGUCAGGGUGCUGGUGGCCCGCUUGGAGAUGCUGGAAUCGCGGCAGGAGCCGACGCAGUUCAAGCCGAACGGCAACUCGGACAACUCCAAGAUCAAGCAGGAAGCCUCCAUCGCCCGCGAUGUCCGCAACGCCAUCCAGCCCGACCUCGACGCGCUGAACCGGGCCGUGCGGCGGUACGAGAAGAAGGCCACGGUGCUCGCAUUCCAGACCGAGUCGCGCUUCGCAGCCGUCGACACGCGCCUGAACGACGCCAUCGCCCUCGCCGCGGCAGCAGCCAAGAACAGCGCGGCCCGGCCGGGCUUCAUGCAGUGGCUGGUCGAGUCGGUGUGGGCCUUCAUCACGAUGCCCUUCUUCGCCAUGGUCGCCCUGCUGGUGCUGCCUUUCAAGACGGUCCGCGGGAUGCUCAAGCGCAAGAAGAAGUCGCUGCCGGAAAGGACGUCCAGGUCGGGCCGCAACGGCAAGGCCAUGGGGCACGGUCGAAUCGCGGCGGACAGGCCACCGAGCCGGGUUUCGAAGAGGUGA